AUGUGGUCGUGGUCUCCGACCAUCACCUUUUUCUGGCUUAUAGAAUUGCUACUCCCCUCGUGGCACGGAAAUGGUCGCAGCGUGAAACCCAUCGCCGCGGUCAGAAAUGGAACCCUGAUUGGUGUCCACAAUGCCCGAUACCAUCAGGACUUCUUCCUUGGGAUCCCUUACGCUCAACCCCCGGUCCAGGAUUUACGAUACAAACAACCACAGCCGCUGAAUGAGUCGUGGAAAGUCCCGAAGCAGGUAGAUUCUUACGGACUUUGGUGCCACUCCGCGCCUCUCUCUCUCCCAGGCUACACGCAGGAUGGGUUCCACCACGAAGAAGAUGAAGACUGCUUGACUCUAAAUGUUGUCCGUCCUGCUGGAGCGACCUCUUCCUCUCGCUUCCCUGUGCUGGUGUACAUCUAUGGCGGUGGCUUACAGGAAGGGGGUAGCGCAGACCAGCGCUACAAUAUGUCCUUUCUCGUCCAGGAAUCCGUCGCAAUGGGCACUCCAACGAUCGGAGUUAGUUUUAACUAUCGAGUCUCUGGCUUUGGAUUUUUGUCCGGUCGCACGUUCAAUGAUUCGGGCCUCGCGAAUCUUGGCCUAUACGACCAACGCAUGGCGCUACAUUGGAUCCAAGAGAACAUUGCCGCGUUCGGCGGAGACCCUACUCGCGUCACGAUUCAAGGAGAGUCCAGUGGAGCUUUGUCCGUCGGAUACCAUCUUCUAGCGUAUGGUGGACGUGACGAUGGACUUUUUCGCGCUGCUAUCACUCAGAGCGGUGCUCCCCUCAGUUCAGCUGCGCUCAUCCCGCUGGAUGAACAGGAGCGCAUGUAUCAAGAUGUCCUCAACGCUACUGGGUGUACUGCCGCAACAGGGACCAUUGAGUGCCUACGACAAGCACCAGUGGAAUCACUCAAGGCUGCAUUCCAGCAAAAGUUCUUUUUCCCCGUUGUGGACGGGAAACUCAUCACUGACUUUCCCUCAAACGCGCUCAAGCAGGGAAGGUUUGUGAAAGUACCAUUGUUGAUCGGGUCCAACUUGAACGAGGGGACAGGAUAUAUCGCUUCCGGCAUGUUCGGUUCUGUUAACACGGGGGCUGAGCUCAGAGCUGUGAUCACCGGGUUCGGGGCCGGGAAGUAUCUUGCCAAUGACACCAUUGAUAGAAUAGUGGAUGGAUAUCUUCAGCUACCCAUCCGGGAAGUCAGAGCUGACUUGGGAACAGUUCUCAUCUCCCCUAGUUCGAAGUAUGGCUCACUGUAUGGCUAUAGCACAUUCUACAUUGGAGACUACCUCAUCAAUGCCCCCAAGCGCUAUUGUGCUCAAAUGUGGGCUGAAUCCGGGACACCCGUUUAUAGCUAUCUCUUUGCGGUUAUUCCUAAUGGUGUGUCCCCUCAGGUUCUCGGUGCCGCACACUUCCAGGAUAUCGCAUUUGUGUUCAGCAACUCCGAAGGAGUCGGGUUUACGGUUCCUCCUCUCCUUUCAUCCGAUAGCCAAGCUCAGAGCCAACUACAAAAUGUUAGUCACAGGGUGGCCCGUAUGUGGUUAAGCUUUGUAGGCACGCUAUCGCCGAACAAUCACCAGUUGCCAGAUCUAAAGAUACAAUGGCCAGUAUAUCAGAGAGACUCGGCCGCAAAUUUGGUUUUCCGUCUUGAGAGUACAACGGUGGAGCGUGAUACCUGGCGGUCGGGGGUCAUCCAAAGUGUCAUUGACGCCUUUGACGAGUACAAGUUCUGA